AGCUAGUAGACUACAGCGUGAUAUUCUCUCGACCUCUGUUUCAAUCGAUCAGGGACCGCUGGCUUCUGUGCAGGGGAAGACGGACGGUGUUCACUGCAUUCCUUCAAAUUCGUCAGAGCUUCAAUGCCUGCCAAUUCCCGCACGCAAGGUCGGCGGUGACCAUGAAAGUACGAGCUAAGAACCAGCUACGAUGUUCCGAAUUCUCGAAUCGCAAGCGCCUGCCAAACAGACGGCCACGGACACGAUCAGCACCCUGAGCAAUAGGCUGCAGAGUGCAACGUUAGUGGAAGACAGAAGAGUCGCGAUCUUAGGGCUACGGAGUUUUGCAAAGAUCUACCCGGCCUCGGUGGCCUCUGGUGCUCUCCGUGCCUUGAUCAGUAGCCUUCGCAAUGAUGGGGAGGAUGUGGAUACGGUCAAGGUGGUCCUAGAGACUCUGUUGAUGCUAUUUUCUCCGGAUGAGAAUAGUCCCGAGGCAUCAGACGAGAUUGCACUAUGGCUUGCAGAUGAAUUCACUCAGCGCCAAGACAAUAUCACCGCUCUUCUCGACUUGCUCGAUAACCGGGAUUUCUAUUCGCGUCUGUACUCCUUGCAGUUGAUAUCACAAAUCUGUGGGGCACGGCCGGAGAGGACACAAGAAUGUAUCUUUACGGCGCCGCUGGGGAUAUCCAGAUUGGUUAGUAUGCUAAGUGAUGCUCGAGAGCCUGUCCGCAAUGAGGCUCUCGUACUCCUAAUAGCACUCACGCCCUCGUCCCCAGAGCUCCAGAAGGUGGUUGCCUUUGAGAAUGCUUUCGAGCUGACUUUCUCCCUCAUUGAAGCGGAAGGCGGUCUCACCCACGGCUCAGAAGUUGUCGAAGAUUGCCUCUCCUUGCUCGCGAAUCUCUUGAGAUUCAACGUUUCGAACCAGUCAUACUUCCGCGAGACAGGAUGCGUGAAGAGACUGACAAAACUCCUUGCUGAUGCGAUUGAACCACAGGGGGAUGAGGAUGUACCUCCUUGGAUACUCGCGCAUCGAGAUAAAAACAUUUGGGGUCUCCUGGCCAUAGUGCAGCUGUUCCUGGUGAAGGGAGGUGUUAGCACCCCUGCUAGUCAGGUGGCGUUUUGGCAGAGCGGCCUCAUGGAACAAGCCUUGCGGACGGCGUUCAGUCAGGAAUUCGAUGUCAGGAUCACAGCUAAAGCCCUAGUAACAUCGGCUGAUCUCAUUCGUGGGAAUCCAAGUCUGCAAGAGAAGUUCGCGGACGUUGAGGUCACCUGGGGUUCUCAGCCACGGGUUCCACCCCAGGCCAACGGCGAUUCAAAAGUCCAUGAGCUACCGAGGAUAAACGUGAUCGAAGCUCUACUCAAACUGACCCUUGAGCCCGCGCCAGUCAAUGUGUUGGAUGCCCGUCUUGCCGCCGGGGAAUGCAUGAAAGCUUUCUUUGAGAAGCAUAGCGGAAUUCGACACCAUGUGCUACGUAGAGCGAUUGACGGGCAUGUCAGUGGGAAUGACCUGAUCCCCAACAUCCUAUCUGUGCUGGUCGAGGCUCCUGAGUCACGAGGGAACGCUGACCCAUAUCAAACUUGGUUGGCUUCUGUAUUAAUGUUUCACCUGCUCUUUGAAGACCCCGAAGCAAAGGCAAUUGCUAUGAAGGUGACCGAAGGAGACGCAGAGAGUGGCGAGGAAGUCGUCACCUGUGUCCAGACAAUUUUGGGAAACUUGAUCACGGGCAUGCAGCGUGGCGACGACGAGAGGAUAACAGUAGGGUACUUGAUGCUGCUCUGUGGAUGGCUCUUCGAGGAUCCGGAUGCUGUCAAUGACUUCCUUGGGGAGGGAAGCAGUAUCCAAAGUCUUAUACAGGAUAUCAAGCAACGUGGUAUUUCGAGCUCUCUCGUUCCCGGCCUUUGCUCCAUCCUUCUGGGAAUCGUUUAUGAGUUCUCAACGAAGGACUCCCCAAUCCCUAGGACAACUUUGCACGACUUGCUUCUUACCCGGCUUGGACGAGAGCAGUAUAUCGACAAGAUAACUAAGCUCAGAGAAUUGCCCUUGGUCCGCGACUUUGAGGUGUUGCCGCAGACGUCACAAGGAGCACACGAUGGCCUGCCCGAGAUUUUCUUCGACAGAACAUUCAUUGAGUUCCUGAAGGAUAACUUUAGCCGUCUAUUACGUGCUAUUGAUAGAGAUCCCGGCUUCGAAAUACCCAUAAUUGCCAAUGGAAUCCAGAAAGGGAUAUCUCGGGAGCUUGUUGAUGACCUCCGCGCUCAAGUGGAAGACCGCACGCGAGCCGUACAGAAAUUGGAGUCCGACCUGCUUGAGCUUCAGCGUAAACUAGAACAAGAGCAUCUCGACCAUCGCAGAACGAAGGACUCAACUGCUCUGGAGUUGACUAGGAUAAAACAGAUCAACGAGACAUUACAGAGGAACCACGAGCAGGAACUGUCGAGACUCGAUGAGCAGCACAAGCAGGCCAGGAACGAGCUGAUUAAGCAGCACGGUGAACAAUUGCGGACUGUCGAUGAGCAACUGAAGAGGACUUCUGUCGAAUACGAAAGAAAGAGCGCUGAUCUCAGAACACAGUACGAGGCAGAGACUGCUAGUCUGAAGAAGACGAUCAGCAGCCUAGAAUCUAAGCUUGCCGAUGUCACGCAGCGCAGCGCAGCUGAAAUUGAUUCUCUGAAGAAGACAAUCCAAACGUUAGAAGCAGAUCUGGAUAAGGCGAGAGAAGAUCAUCGCCAAGAACUCAAGACGGCUCAUGAGGAGCAUUCUUCUAAGAGCUCAGAACUUGAGAAACAGGUUGAGAGCGCCGAGCAAAGAGCAGAUAAGGCCGAACACCGCGCACAGCAGGCCGAAGAGCAAGCUAGAAAUGCGGAUGAAAGAGCCCGCAAGGCAGAAAAACGUGCACAGGAUGCAGAGAAAGAGGCUAGAACCGCAAAGGAUAAAGCUCAGAAGGCAGAAGAACGUGCCCGGAAGGCAGAGGAACAGAAGAAGAGCGCCGGGAAAGGAGCCGAUGACGCGGAGAAACGUAUAUUGAAGGCACAGGAGCAACUGAAAGAAGUCCAAGCAGCAUUGGAAAAGGCGAAAGCCGAAGCAGAAGAAAAGGAGAAGGCUCGAGAAUCAGCACAAGCAGAGCUUGAAGAUCUUCUAAUAGUGUUUGGGGACCUGGAGGCCAAAAGAGAACAGGACAAGAAACGGCUUAAAGAGCUUGGAGAGGAGGUCUCUGAAGAUGAAGACGAGGACGAGGACGAAGAUCAAGAAGGGGAUGGCGACGAAGACGAGUGAGGGCGUGGACUGAUAUUACAUUGUCUCGACUACGUAGAUGCAAGGCGGGACGUAAAAUCACGUCAUUGCGGAUUGAGAUACCCGUAGGUUAUAGAUCGGAUGGAAUACAUGAUGAUAUGCAUAUCCUCGCGAAUUGACGAGAAUUAGAUCUUCAAGUCUAGAGACAUUUUAGGACUGCAGCUCGGUGGAACGUGGAUUCGGG